AUGAAAGCUUUUCCAUACAGCAGUUCAAAGCCUGUUCAUUUGAAAGGACAAUUCAAUGCUGUCAUAGAAACAAAGAACCGUCUCACUCUUGCUACGUUUUAUGUUAUGAAUGACUCAAGCAGCGGAAAUCUUUUAUCAUCGUCUACAGCAAUGGAUCUUGGCCUAAUAAGCCUUCAUUUGAAUACAUUAUCAAGAAACGACACUCAGAUUGAUGAAAUACUCAAUAAAUACCCGGAAGUGUUUGAUGGACUUGGUAAGCUGAAAGAUGACACUGUUACUUUAAGUAUUGAUCACAGUCAGACGCCCAAAAUUCAGCCUCAGAGACGUAUUCCUUAUCAUAUGCGUCAGAAGGUAAAAGAAGCUCUUAAAAAAUUGGAAAAGGAGGAUACUAUCGAGCGUGUACCAGCCGAUAACGGGACACCUUGGGUUUCUCCUAUAGUCAUUGUGCCAAAAAAGGAUGGGGCGGUCAGAAUAUGUGUUGAUAUGCGCGUCGCUAAUAACGCAAUUAACCGCAUACGUCACCCUAUUCCUACAGUAGAUGAUGUGAGCUGUGCACUCAAUGGUGCGAAGUUUUUCUCAAAACUAGAUCUCAGCCAAGCUUAUCAUCAACUAGAACUGAGUGAAGAAAGUCGUAACAUUACUACUUUUUCAACUCAGGUUGGUUUAUUUCGUUAUAAACGUUUGAACUAUGGUACAAACGCAUCUGCUGAAAUAUUUCAGUAUACCUUACAGAAAGCAUUGCAAGGUUUGAAUGGAGUUCAAAAUAUCGCUGAUGAUAUUGUUGUAUAUGGAGCUACAUGCGAAGAACAUGACGCUAAUUUAGGCAAAUGUCUGGAACGUUUGAAGAAUAAAGGACUUACUUUGAACAAAAGCAAGUGCAAGUUUCUAAGUGAAACUUUGGAUUUUUUCGGUCAAAUCUUUUCAAAAGAUGGAACACGCCCUGAUCCUAAGCGUGUGAAUGACUUGCUCAAUGCAGCAGUUCCGAAAAAUGCUCAUGAUGUAAGAAGCCUACUUGGUACGGCGAACUAUAGCAAUCACAAACCGUUAGAAGUGAUCUACGGCAAUCGCAACUCUAAGCCCUCUGCACGCAUUGAGCGUUGUGUUUUGCGUUUGCAACCGUAUUCAUUCAAUGUCAUAUAUAAGCCAGGCAUUGAUAAUCCAGCUGAUUAUUUGUCAAGGCAUCCCGCUCCUAACAGUGGUAAAAAGCAACAAAUUAUGACUGAAGAAUAUGUGAAUUUCAUAACUGAACACAGCGUACCUAAAGCUAUGACAUUAAAAGAAAUUGCAGAUGCAACUUCUGAAGAUCAUGCUCUUAAAGGUCUUCGAGCCGCGAUACGAUUGAACCAAUGGAGUUCAAUUGCAAAGUCUUUUAGCAGCUGUAAAGAUGAAUAUACAAUUGGAAAAGGCAACAUUAUCCUUCGAGGGACAAGGAUCGUGAUUCCAAAUUCACUACAGCAAAAAGCAAUCGAUUUGGCUCAUGAGAGUCAUCAAGGUUUGUCGAAAACCAAAGCUCUUCUUAGAGAGAAAGUCUGGUUUCCAGCUAUAGAUGAAAUGGUAAAAAAGACUAUAGAUUCGUGCAUAGCAUGUCAAGCGGUUGGUCAAGCAGCACCACCAGAGCCUAUGCAACCCUCAGACAUGCCAUCUGGGCCAUGGGAGAAGUUACAUAUCGACUUUUGUGGACCAUUACCAUCCAAUGAAUACUUAUUGGUUGUCGUCGAUAGGUACUCGCGUUACCCAGAGGUUGAAGUAGUUAAAUCGACAAAAGCUUCAUGUGUAAUACCGAAACUUGACAAAAUGUUCGCUACACACGGCAUUCCCGUUGCAAUAAAAACCGAUAAUGGACCACCAUUUUCAAGUGAGGAGUUGCGUCGAUAUUGUAAUGCAUUGAAUAUCAAACAUGAAUUCUCAACUCCAUAUUGGCCUCAAGCCAACGGCGAGGUUGAACGCUUCAAUCAGCCACUUGAAAAAGCCUUACAGACAGCUGCCAUUGAAGGAAAAGUUUGGCGUCAAGAGCUGCAAAGGUUUUUACUCCAAUAUCGUUCAACGCCGCAUUGCACAACAAAAGUUGCUCCAAGCCAAUUGCUAUUUAACAGGAAAGUUCGUGGGAAAAUACCAGAAAUUACUGGCAGAAUUGUGAUUAAUAAACACAAAGAUGCUCGCGAAAAUGAAAUUAAGAGUCAGAACUAUCACACGAAAUACGCAAAUCAACGUAGAAAUGCUAAAGAAAGCUCUAUAGCAGUUGGUGAUGCAGUUCUAGUUAAACAACAACGCCGCAACAAGAUCACAUCUCGUUUUAAUAAGACACCGUACUUGGUUGUUGAAAGGAAAGGAACACAAGUAACUGCAGAAAACAGCCAGAAACACCGAGUCACGAGAAAUGUAUCUCACUUCAAGCGAUUCAAUAAUUCUGUAAUUCGCGCAGAAGAGUCGGAAACAGAUAGUGAUGUUGGUAAUGAAGUAGCAGAACAACGUACUUCUCAGGAACACCGAAAUAAACAGACAGAAACUGGAACUGGAGUUAUUGGUCCAGAAAAUCGUUGUUCUCAAAGAUUGAGAAGACCACCAGAAAGAUUUGGCGAAGCUAUGCCAUCGAACAUUAUCACAUGA